UCGGAGGGCCCUAUGUUUGCUGAGCCCAUUCCAAAUGUCACUGUAGCAGUGGGAAGAGACGCCAGUCUACCUUGUGUCAUCAACAAUCUCGGCACUUACAAGGUGGCAUGGGUGCACGUAGGACGUCAAAUGCUUCUCACGAUCCACACGCACAUUGUGGUAAAGAUACCGAGGUUCAGCGUAUCCCACGACAAACACAAGACUUGGCUGCUUCGCAUUCAGAAUGUCCAGCAGGAAGACCGGGGCUACUACAUGUGCCAAGUUAAUACUAUCCCGAUGAUAAGCCAAGUCGGAUAUCUACAAGUUGUGGUGCCACCGAACAUUAUUGACUCGCUCUCAACCGACAGUACAGUAGCUGUGAAAGAGCAUCAGAACAUAACUCUGACGUGCAAAGCCGAGGGCUAUCCAAAUCCAACGUUGAUGUGGCGACGAGAAAAUGGCCAAUCGAUACCAAUUGAUCGGCGAUCUAAAGUGGAAAAAUUUCAAGGGGAACAGCUGAACCUCACGAAAAUAACGCGGACAGAGAUGGGCGCGUAUUUGUGCAUCGCGACCAACGGAAUUCCUCCAACGGUCAGCAAGAGGAUAAUCGUUGACGUUGAGUUUUCACCGACUAUAUUCCUGCGGAAUCAGCUGAUGGGUGCACCAGCUGGCAAGAAUGUUACACUCGAGUGCAAAAUCGAAGCACAUCCACGAGCGAUAAGCUACUGGAACUUUAACAAUUCAAUAGUGCUAGCUACGAACGAGAAGUACACGAGUACAAUGAUUGAGAGCAGUUACAGAACCAAUAUGCAGCUCACCAUCCGGAAUCUACAGCAGAGUGAUUUUGGAACGUACAAAUGCAUUAGUAAAAAUUCUUUGGGAGAGACCGAAGGUUCCAUCCGGCUUUACGAGAUGGCUCAACCAUCAGCGCCCCCGACAGCCACGGAGAUCCGGAGUGGUGCAAACAAAGAUGGGAAGCAGCACAGCACUCCAUUGCCACCGAGACGACAGUACACAACCAUAUGGCCGAUGGCUUACAGCCCUUAUCCGAAGAGAACAGAGAGACCACUUUUGAAUCAGAGAGAAGUUGAGAGACCCGACAGGAAUCAGCAGGGCCACAGUGCAGGAAGUGCCUACAUUAUAAGAUGGAGCGCACCCCAGCUGAUGGUUGUGGCGGUGCAGUACAUAUUGACUGGUCCCUACAUACCCCCCUACGUGCUCCAGCACGCGAAUUAAAGGAUUGAGAGUGGCUCCUCGUGUCCUGACAAACAAAUCUAUCUACCUGUCUCCCACCUUGUGAUGGAUGAUGGUGAAAUAACGAGAGAAUAAAGGACCCGAGAUAACCUGCAUCACCGCAUAACGAAUACAAAUUCACCAGUGGAUUAUUUAUUUAUGGAUCUCCAGUGAAAAUAUCAAGGGAAUGCCACAACUAAAUCCACUGAGUGUCGUUGGUCGCACCACUGGGUGCCCUGAUUACCCUGGACCAGCAAAUAUUCAUUAACGGGGGGAGAGGGAAAAUUCAGGGAAAUUUAGCAGCGGUUUGUGGCGGUUUGUGGCGGUCUGUGGCCCUGGGAUGCACGCCGUUUCCCAGGGAGGCAUCACCGACGGUUACAAAUACCUCCGAAGAAUGGCUAUAAAAUUAUUGAAAGACGGUUGAUUAAUGUUUUUUACUGUGGAAAAUUGGCGUUCGCCUUUGGACCAUUGGGAAAUAUUUUUUCAGAGGAUCUGUCAGUGGAGAGAAAUUAUUUUCAAAAAUUCUGCCGACAUUCAUCCACACCGAGGUAGAGUAUUUCUUUUCAAUUCAUUUUUUAUUAUUUUUUUACAAUUAUUUGAAUGUUCCGUGAUAAUUCUAGAGGAUUUUAGUUAAUUGCGAUUUUUUAUGAUGAGCGGUCAUUAAUGUUUGAAGAAUUUUAUUUAUUAACCGCAGGAUUUCGCCAUGAAUUUCUUCCCAACACCGAUGACAAUUAAUUCAUGCCACCGAGGGGUGAAUAAUUCAUAAUUCUUCUCCACAGUCUUGAGAAUUGACAGUUGACGUUCAUUAAAAUAUCUUUCACCAUCUCCACGUGAUUUUUCCCCAAAUUCCCGUCAAUGCAGAUGCCCAUAAUCAAUUCAUACCAUAAAAUCCCAAAUAAUGCACAAUUAUCGGUCCCCAUUUUUUAUAUGAUUUCAUGAGAAUUUUUUUUUCUCGGUGCAGAUGAAUGAGAAUGAAUUCAUACCGUCGAGGGCUAAAUAAUUCCGCAUUUUUGGGGAAGGUAUCACUGCGUAAUCUAGACACCGAAUGGGGGAUUAUGUUAAGCGAUGCGUAAGCAGAGCACAGUCCACGUUAAGCCAAGCGUAACAGAGAUACUGCAACGAUGACGUUGUUAUAUGCAUGCAUAUCGGUACAGAGAGUA